AUGGCGAGUGACGGGGACGUCGAUACCAGCAUUGAACAAUGGAAGAUCAAACGCCUGAUCAAAAAUCUUGAGAGCGCGCGAGGGAACGGCACGUCGAUGAUCAGUUUGAUCAUCAAGCCGAAGGACGAAAUUACGAGAAUCAACAAAAUGCUUGCGGAUGAAUUCGGAACAGCCUCUAACAUCAAGUCGCGUGUGAACCGUCUGUCGGUCCUCUCGGCCAUUACUUCCACCCAGCAAAGGCUGAAGCUGUAUAACAAAACUCCGCCCAACGGAUUGGUUGUGUACUGCGGAACCAUCAUCACGGAAGACGGAAAAGAAAAGAAGGUGUCGAUCGACUUCGAACCCUUCAAAGCAGUCAACACUUCACUCUACCUCUGCGACAACAAAUUCCACGUCGAGGCACUGGCGGAGCUUCUCGAGUCCGACGCGAAGUUCGGAUUCAUCGUCUUGGACGGUAACGGCGCGCUCUUCGCCACGCUCCAAGGCAGCACGAAGGAAGUCCUCCAUCGCUUCACCGUCGACCUGCCAAAGAAGCACGGCCGCGGUGGGCAGUCCGCGAUGCGUUUCGCGCGUCUGCGCCUGGAAAAAAGACACAACUACGUGCGAAAGGUUGCAGAAACUGCCGUGCAAAUGUUCAUCACGCAGGACAAGGUGAAUGUCUCCGGGCUGAUCUUGGCCGGUAGCGCAGACUUCAAGAACGACUUGGCGACCAGUGGAAUGUUUGACCAGCGUCUCCAGGCGAAAGUGAUUAAGAUCGUCGAUGUCUCGUAUGGUGGCGACAAUGGCUUCAACCAGGCCAUUGAACUCUCCGCCGAGGCGUUGACAAACGUGAAGUUCAUCCAGGAGAAGAAGUUGAUUGGCCGCUUCUUCGACGAAGUUGCUCAGGACACGGGGAAGUACGUGUUUGGCGUUCAAGAAACCCUGCAGGCUCUUGAGAUGGGCGCUGUGGAGCUCCUCAUCGUCUACGAAGGCCUCCCCCUGGAGAGAGUGACGCUGAAGAAUCCGGUGACGAACGCAGAGAAAAUCGUUCACAUUACGCCUGACCAGGCGCGAGAUGACAAGCUCUUCAAAGAGGACGGAGUGGAACUCGAGGUGUCGGACAAGAUCUCUUUCUCUGAGUGGCUGGUGAACAACUACAAGAGCUUUGGAACGACUCUAGACUUUGUCACCAACCGCUCUCAGGAAGGUGCCCAGUUCGAACGCGGUUUCGGCGGCUUGGGAGGCAUUCUGCGGUACAAGGUCGAUUUCCAGGACUACGACGAGACUGUGGACCUCGAGGACGAAUUCAUCUAA